AGGUUCGAAGGAACCCCCCUCUACCCCACCGUUCCACCGUUCCCGGCAAGUGGGUUGGCGUGUUAUGCCUUGAGACGAAUGCUCCUCUUUAGAUUGCCAUUGCUGGGCUGAGCAGCCAUGAGGCUCCUGGAGCCUGACAGGGGUCUUGACUCGCGCUUUCGGCCGCGAUCCUGACAGGGGCUUUCACGACUGCCGUUCUGCCGCCAUCUGAUAUAAAUGCUCCGUGGAAGCGUGAAGGAAGAAAGGGCUCCUACACCAUCACCACCAAUCCAGCUUCUAGUCGUUCUUUCCAAAUAAAACCAAGUUGUGUAUACAAUUGUCCAUUCAUUUGACCUUGUCGUUCACUCCACAAUUCAACCGCCCAAAAUAUACACAUCUCCUCACAAUGCAGUUCUCCGUCAGCAUCACCCUCUCGGCCUUGGCCCUCUUCGCCGGCUCCGUGCUCGGUGACCUUCACAGCCAAUGCACAUGCAUGAACGGUGACAGUGCCAUCGCACGCAUCACAACGGACGCAUGUACCGCCUACACAGCGGCUGCUUACCAGUGGGGCACUGCCACCUAUGACGAGGCGUCAAGCGAAUGUGUCGCCGACUCGGGCUCCAACAUUGCCGGAGACCAAUGGCAAUCUGCCUGCCAGGAGGUAGCCAAGGCGGGCUACGCCUGCGCCGACGGAGUCGGAACCUGCUACGCCUCGGUUGAUGACGUCAAGGGCUCGUGCACCUAAUUGUGUGAUGUGGACUCGAUGAGGAUGGGUUCGUACACUGCAUCACGGGUGGGUGGACGGUACACGAAUAACGUGGAAUUAUAGAUAGAUAUCAGCCAUGUGAGCGCUAUUGAUUUUCGUAUUGGACAAGCAGGUUCCCUAACUUUUGACCCAUUUUGCCCUGCUGCAACCCCAGUAAGAUUAAUGGCGUGAUUAUGAUGUUACUACAGCUUGACUCUCUAUGAAGAGUUGGGCAGGUGGCUGUCGAUGG